AUGUCAGUAAACAAUGGCCCCUUUUAUUCUUCGUCAUUCCCCUUUCACUCACCCAAUGCUGCUUCAUCCCUCAAUAUCAGUUUUAUAUCAAUAAAAGCUCUAUUGUGCCCAACAUGGUCCAUUUCCAGUUUUCAGCUAAUUCAUACUACAUCCCGAUCUUUGACUACCUCAGAAAGGACCAUGCGAUUUAUCAUCAUCACGGCUAUCAUCGCCGGCUGUGCUGCAGCAGGUUCACUUUCAAAACAACAAAAGCCCAUCAGAAGGCCCUCGACUUUCCAGAUAGUGUACAACAGGACAGAAAAGUUCAAGGCCGCCAACAAUACCCUGUACAUAGGGUCGCCCAAACAAGACGCUUGCUGUAAUCAGUUCAAUGCUGAGGAUGCGGCCACCUUCUACCUAAAAGACGAAGAGCUCUUCCUCUAUUCACCUGGAAAUCCCAAGCAACAGGUGAUUGUGAACAGUAAAAAAGCCGCGACAGGAUGUGAGAAGACUUUCACGGGAUGCUGCACUUUGCUUACCAUACCUCCUCUAGGUCAAAAUUCCGUUGGUUACUCCAUUGGUUCAAGGAAAAAGCUGGAGAAAGCACAGAGACAAGGCUGGCGAAUAGAUGAUGAUGACAAUAUUACCUUCGAUGGACUCAGUCUGAUGGCGUGCAGCAGCUCUGGUGUUGGGCGGGGUAUUAUUGUACGGAAAAGUGAUUGCCGACUGAAGGGUUGCAGGGCGUGUCGGAGAGUCACCGCAAAAGCGACAUACACAAGUCAUCCUACGAGUUGUUUAUAUAGUGGAGAGGGACAGGUUGUUUCGCACUUUUGCUUGUAG